AUGGAUGAGUUAGAGGAGCACAAUGAAGACUUGAGAAACGAUGUUAACCAGCUGAAGGAACAAAUGACACAAAUCCUAGAGGCACUGAAGUCUUUAGAGAGAAGAACCACAGAGGGGACCCCUACUCAAGCACCUCCACCACAACCCACUCCUACCUAUCCACUAGCUGAGAACCCACCAAACACUGGCCAACCAUCAAAUCAAUCCAAUCCUGCACAACCUUCAGGUCUACAAAUCCAACCAACCCAAACAUCCAUCCCAUCAUAUGCUUACCCUCAAAAUACCUAUCCCCGAGAAGCUCAUAUACCCCAUACUAUACCUACCCCAAACCAAUCGAUCCACCACCAACCACAAAUCACUAAUCCUAGCCUUGAUGGAAACCUAGCCAUAUCACCAUUCCAUUCCCAUAAGACCUUAGAAGAACCUCAGCCCAAUUACUCAGAGGAGUACUUCCAAUUCAGAGAAAAAUUGCAAAUAUUGGAAGAAAGAUUAAGAGCUAUCGAGAGGAGCAACUAUGGCAUUGGAGAAGCUGCAGAUCUUUGCUUGGUCCCAGAUGUGAUAGUUCCUCCAAAAUUCAAAGUGCCUGAUUUUGAUAAGUACAAAGGAAUGACAUGCCCAAAGAGUCAUCUGAUCAUUUUGAUUGGGGGAGCUUUGAGUUGGUAUAUGCAUCUUGAGCAUACUCGUAUUCGUAGUUGGAAAGAUUUGGUUGAUGCUUUCCUAAAACAGUACAAGUACAAUAUCGAUAUGGCUCCUGAUAGGUUGCAACUGCAAAACAUGAUUAAGAAGGAAAAUGAGUCAUUCAAAGAGUAUGUGCAAAGAUGGCGCGAAUUGGCAGCUCAGGUAGAACCUCCCUUAUCUGAGAAAGAAAUGGUGGCUAUGUUUAUUGAUACUCUUCAAUCACCCUUCUACAAUAGAAUGAUUAGAAGUGUAUCAUCAAACUUUUCAAAUAUUGUAAUCAUAGGGGAAAGAGUAGAAAAUGGCAUGAGGACAGGAAAGAUUCCCAAUAGUUUUAUUGGGAUGACUAACACAAAGAAACCUCAAUUUGGAAUAGGCAAAAAGAAGGAAGGAGAAACUAAUGCCAUAACUUUUCACCCAAGAGAAGUUUCUUUCAUCAGACCCAACCAUGCACCUUUUCAAUUCCAACCUUCAUUUCCUAUCCCUCAUAUGUCUUACCCAUAUGUCAAUGCCAUUUCACAAAACCUAAGUCCCCAAUCAUAUCAGUCACGACCUUACCAACCCGCUCCGCCUACUUUUCCUAUAGCACCGCCCAUGAGACCACCUCAACAUUGGAACCAAAACCCGAAUCUCAACCAAAUAAGACCCCAAAACAAUCAAGAGAGGAAGCAAGUUCAAUUCAACCCAAUUCCCAUGUCCUACACUGAGUUACUACCUUGCUUAUUCCAAAGUUCAUUAGUUGUACCCUGCCCAAUGAAACCUGUAAAACCGCCCUAUCUAAGAGAGUAUGACCUAAAUGCUAAGUGCGAGUAUCAUGCUGGUGGCAUUGGUCAUUCGACAGAGAACUGUAGGGCUUUAAAGUUCAAGGAUAAUCCUAACAUUAGGAGUAAUCCCCUAUCCGGGCAUGGAGGACCAUCGGUAAAUGCCAUCAAGGAACAGUAUGCCCAUGUUUUAAAUAGGAAAAUUGAAGAGGUUACCACUUCUCUUAAGAUUAUUUUUGCUGAGUUGUACAAGGUUGACUUGAUCAAAGGUUUUGUACAUAAAGAAAGGAUUUAUGUCGGCAAUUUUAAGGAAAACCAAACACAAGGUGUCAAUUCUGAUACUCUCGCUGUCUCAAACAUUACUGGUGUUGGUGGGAUGACCCGCAAUGGUCGUAUUUAUACACCUGAGGAGCUGAGAAAAGAGCGAACAAAAGAGAUAGAGAGAUCCUCAAAAGGGAAAGCCAAAUUGGGCGAGUUUGAAGAUGCUGACGAAGAGAAAAUGCCUGAAAUAAAAAAAGACAGUGUCUGUUGA